AACAGUAGAACACCCCAGGUCUCUUAUAACCUGCAGUCCUUCAGUUCUGCGCCUAGACCUCUUCCUCAAUCCUUCUCGGCCCCCAGGAACUUCACUUUCUCUACACUGAGAUGACAGUCCAGAGUGUCUCGAACUACAAGACACCCACAACAAUCACGUCCCUGGUGAAGGUUAGAUGCGCGAAUCAGUCAAGAUGAAAACUUCCGCAUUACCGAAAUCGUGGGCCACAGACUCCAACGUCCCUGAUCUCCAGCAAUCACUAUCACGCCUUGAUGUGGGUGAGGUGAUCAACACCGGCACCCCUCACAUUAACUUGAUGACGGUCCACAAUGAGGAAUCACUGCCCCAAGGGGACCGAUGGAACAACGGCUGGGGCCAGUUUGGGUCUAGAUGGAGACUGGAGGAGUUCCCAAGACAAAAUCUGUCAUCUUUGGACGAGCUUGACGGCAGUGCCUGUCACACAGCGCGGUGCAAAUCGCGAAUCCCCAUUUCCCUCUCUACACCCCGUCCUCGUUGACUUGAAAAUUGAGGUCCUGGCCUCAAUAUGACGGCCCAGUCACUUUGUGAACUUAAUGCUCAUAACCACGCACCUUUAAACACCACUAUGUCUUCGAGACUUGCGCUGGCCAGCACCCUCAUAUUUCAAGGAUAUUCAAUGCUUUUACUAGCAUUUACCUUAUGAUUCCACCCAUUCAAGCUUGAUUCAACCAGUCGUCGCGGUAGACGUGUUAUAAGUAGGAUAUACAUGAGGAAGAAGCGUGGACGAGACCAUCAUCGCACAUAGAAAAAAACAUAGAGA